GAUCCGGAAGUAAUAUUUGCAAUUUCUGGCGUGCAGUUGAAAGCUGGUUUCGUCGUCCUGUGAAUGUUAGAUUGUACGUGUCGGACUUCAGUACUGUAGCUGUAGUAGUGUUUAUGAAGGACUUCCUAUAAGUGUUAACAGGAAUCUGAGGCUGUGCCGACAUGGUGGGCUAUGACCCCGGGGCUCAGGAUGCAGGCCUCGCACCAGAGGAGGCAGCGCUGGCAGGAUCAGCUGCUGGGAUGGUCACCCGAGCUCUCAUAAGCCCCUUUGACGUGCUUAAAAUACGAUUUCAGCUACAGAUUGAGCGUGUGUCUUCAAAGAGGCCGGAGGGCAAGUACUGGGGAUUAUUUCAGGCAUCCCACUGCAUUUAUUCAGAGGAGGGACUCUCUGCUUUCUGGAAGGGCCAUAUUCCUGCACAGCUCCUCUCCAUCUGCUUCGGGGCCGUCCAGUUUGCCAGUUUCGAGUUCCUGACUGAGGUGGUCCACAAGAUGACGCCAUAUGACAGCCAGACAGCAGGAGUUCACUUUGUGUGUGGAGGUUUGGCCGCCUGCUCUGCUACAGCGGUCUGCCAGCCUCUGGACACACUGCGGACACGCUUUGCAGCUCAGGGUAACCCCAAGGUAUACAGGAACCUGCGACACGCUGUGUCUACAAUGUGCCGCUCAGAGGGGGUACUGACGUUUUACCGCGGCCUGUCUCCAACACUGCUGGCAGUGUUUCCUUACGCUGGGCUGCAAUUCUAUACCUACAAUAUCUUUAAAAAACUGUUGGCUCCACCACCCAAAGCUGGAAAGUCAGGAGGAGACCUGAGAAGCCUUGUCUGCGGCAGUGGAGCUGGAAUCAUCAGCAAAACAAUGACAUACCCCUUCGACCUCUUCAAGAAGAGGCUGCAGGUGGGGGGCUUUGAGGCAGCCAGAGUUCACUUCGGACAGGUACGGAGUUAUAAAGGCCUGGCGGACUGCGUGGUUCACAUAGCCAAAGAGGAGGGUGUCCGGGGCUUCUUCAAAGGCCUCUAUCCCAGCCUUGUGAAGGCUGCGCUGUCGACAGGCUUCACCUUUUUUUGGUAUGAAUUUUUCCUCAAUGUCAUGUAUGACCUCAAGGACAGCUGGAGGACAAAUGGCCUCACCAAAGAAUCAAAGGAAAGAUAAUGAAGAAAAAAAAAAAACAUUAUGGCACAAUCACGCACAUUGGAAAUGGACUCACUCCUUGAUCUUUGCUUGCACUACAGUAAAAUCAUUGGGUCCAUGUUCAUUGGUGGUUUCUGUUGUGUUUACAUGUAAGCAUAGGAAAACAUAAAUUUAUUUGUUGUCAUUACACCUCGUGUUGUACAAGCAUUGUUUUUUUUUUAAUAUGUAUUUAAUAUUUUAGUCUGGGUUAAGGUUUGUAUUAUAACAUUUUAUGUUGAAACUGAACUUUGCUCAGACGUUUAAUUAAUGGGUCAUAGCUUUGCCAUUGUUGAUUCAUAUUUUCUUGACAUUUGGUCAAGUUAAAUUGGAAGGAUUAUUCAGCAAAAAUUGCUUUGUGUAUGCGUAUAGACAAAAACACGAACACUUAAGUGAGCGUAAUAUUUAUUAUGUCAUGUGCUGUGGUGGGAAAACAGCACCCUUUUAACUAUAGGCCAAAGGGGCCACUAAUUAAAUGUUUACAGUUAGUUUAGGUUGUUGUCACUAUAAUAUCAUCUCAGGUCUUUAUUUUUUAAAAUAAAAGUUAUUUUAAACAGA